GAGCACCGGGCAAGCUCAUGUUCGCAUCGAAGUUCACGUUAACGUCGUUCCGCUUAAAGUUCCCGUACCAUGACAAAGAAGUUCGAAUUUAAUUGGCGCAUCGAAGUGCCGGAGCUCUUGAGAAAUGGCGCGACGUUCGAUCGAUGGUUCGAAGACAAGGAGACGACUGAAUACGAGCCGAACUGCUUAUUUAAAGUCGACGAGUACGGUUUCUUUAUAUAUUGGAAAAGCGACGGCAAGGACGGCGAUGUCAUAGAAUUGGCUCAAGUAUGCGACAUUCGUUACGGAGGCACGCCAAAG